AAAACAUUCUGGCCUGAAAUACAAAUAUAACUGGCUCCCUCUUUUGUUUCUACUCAACUGUAUAACAUUUCCUCUGCUCCAUGUCCAGAGAAAGAGGAGGACAUUCAGGCUCUGAUCUUCCUAGACUUACUCACUGUUCUUGAAUUGUGCAGGAAAAGCUGCCAUCAAAUCUUUUGUCCUCUUUGUUCCUGAACCAAAAUAAAUUCAAAAAUCUUAUCGGUUCCUCCUCUUUGACCUUAAAAGUCCAACCAAGCCCCCCAAUAUUCAAGCCCUCAUUGUUGAAACUCAAAACUUCUCUUAUUCCAACUGCAUCUUCUCCUCACAUUCUUCAUACCAUUCCAAGAACUCUUCAUGAUUCCAAUUAUUACAUCUUUCAAAGUUUCUAAUUCAUUUUUUGAUUCUAUUGGAAGCUAGGAAGGUGGUUUGACCUGGAAAAAAAAUCUCGAAGAGGAUGAUGUGUUCGGAUCUUAGUCCUCCUCGAAUAUCUUUUUCUCAUGAUCUUAGCCAAGCAGAUGCGAAACCCAGAAGGGAUGCUUCACUGCUGGACAUGAACUGUGAUUUUGAGUUCAGCAUUAGCAGAAGUUUCAGGCAAGAUGAGCCUUCUUCAGCAGAUGAGCUUUUCUCCCAUGGAAUCAUCAAACCUAUGCAACCCAGAGAGAGAUCAUCAGUUGAGGAAGCCAGGCACCUUUAUUCUCUUCCUCCUCUCUCAAGUCAGAAUCCAAAGAAAGAGACCACCAGGAAGGACAACAAUGUCAGUUCACAGUUCAUGGAUGUGAACAGUCCUGAACAUUUGGACCAGAACAACAGCAAGCCUCAGUCCAAGUCCUUCUGGGGGUUCAAGAGAAGCAGCAGCCUCAACCAAGAGAACAAGAAGAGUCUACUUUGUUCAUUACCAGAGUUCUUGAGAAGAAGCAACUCAACAGGGUCAGCUCCAAAUCCAAAGAAGUCUACAAUAUACAAGGAUUCUCAAGCUCAAGCAGCUCAACAGAAAAGGCAGUCGUCCUCAUCAUCAUCAGGUUUUAUGUCAAAGUCAUCGUCAACAUCGUCGUCGUCUUCUUCAAGUCAACACCGAAUGUUACCAAGGCCGCCAUCAAGGAAAGGUCAUGGAGGAACAUCUAACUACGGCAAUGGUGUUCGGAUUAGUCCUGUGUUAAAUGUACCAUCACCUUACAUAUCUAAAGGAACUGCAAAGCUCUUCCGUUUGAGUUCUUUUCUAUACCCUGAAGGAAAGGAGAAGAUGCAAAAGAAAUGAGUUUGGUUUUCUCACUUGUGCUCCAUGUUUAACCAAAUCUUCUGAGUUCUCUGGGGUAAAUGGUAUUAUUGUAAAGAAAUUGGACAUCUGCAGCAGUUCCAUUAAACUAAGGAGACCAGGUAGCUUUUUUUCAGGGAUUGUCCUCAUUGGUUAUGUUUAUUCACAAACUCUCAAGGUGCUUUUGGUUCAUACCUGAACUAGCUGUUCAUCAUUCUGUUUUUUCAUGAGAGAGACCAUUUGCUUAGCUAGCUGACCUUUUCUUUUGCUUGUAAUUAUGAGUCAGUUGGGAUUUUCUUAAAUAUUUUGAUUGAAGAAAAAGGGGAGAGAGUUGGUUAGUUUCAUGUGGUGGGUUUGAAAUUAAGCAAAUCUAG